AUGCCGCCAGGCCAGAUGCUCGAGCCGUCGGUGACCGAGUCCGAGUUCACGCUCUCGUGUCUUCGGGACGGCGUGCGCGUCGACGGACGAUCGUUCCUUUCGGCGCGCGACAUCGAUAUUGCCUUUGGUGAAGAGCUCGGCAGCGUCACGGUCAGCAUCAAGGGCACACGCGUCUCCACCUCUGUGAGAGCGACACUCAUGCCCCCGCGCUCCGACCGCCCCUACGAAGGCUUUCUGCAGAUCACGACGGACAUCUCGCCGAUGGCGGGGAUAGAGUACGACACCACCGGCGGGGGCGCGAAUUCGUCGGCGCGUGCGAGGGAGGUGCUGUUCGACCGGCUGAUCGAGAAGGCGGUGCGCAGGACCGAGGCGGUGGAUCGCGAGGCACUGUGCGUGGUUGCGGGCGAGCAGGUGUGGAACGUGCAGCUGACGGUGCAUUUGCUAUCGGAUACGGGUGCGGCGCUCGACGCCGCCGUGCUGUGCUCCAUGCUGUCGCUGCGCCAUUUUCGAAGACCAGACUACUCGAUCGAAAAUGGCAACCAGGUGCAUCUGUACUCGCUCGACGAACGCGUGCCCAUCCCUCUAGCCAUCCAUCACACGCCACUCUGCGUCACUUUUGCCAUCUUCAACAACCCCUCCUCCUCCUCCUCUUCCUCCUCAACCACUAAAGCACAAGACCCAGACUCGCUCAUCGACCCAUCCUCCUCCUCCUCGUCUGCAGCCGGCAGCGCCCCAACAAUAACAACGACGACGACGCUAGCCCUGCUCGACCCCACGCUGCUCGAAGAGUCGCUCGCGCACUCGAAGCUCACACUCGUACUCAACGCACAGCGCGAGCUCUGCGUCCUGGACAAGUCGUACGGCAGCCCCAUCGCGCCCCAGCUGCUGCUCGAUCUCAUCCACCUCGGCCUGAACCGCAUCCAGCAGCUGACCGACACGCUCGAAGAUGCAUUGAGGCGCGAUGCCGAGACCCGGGUCGUCGAAGUCGUCUAA